CACCUGCAUAUCACCAAUAAGGCACCUUGUAUUGGAUAAGCAUCACACUUCGCUCACGCGAGAGCACUCCUUGACUGUUGCGCGAAAAACGCCCGCGUUUCCAAUCUCGCGAAGGCCCGCGCGCGCCCGCAAUCACUAGAGAGAAGGUGAGAGAACAAGCAAUAUAGAGGUAUAAUCGAUUGAUUGGGUCUCGUGUCUCGUGUACUGAUCGAUCGGAGUAUCUGUUCGGGCUUUCCUAGCUGAUAACGAUUCUAUAAAACCAUUACACCGCGAGGCAAAUCCACAGUCAGUCGUUAGCAAGCGCAAUCUUCAGCCGGUCUGAAAGAGUUGUUGGGAAGAGUUGGUAGUGUAAUUGGCAGGGUAGUGUUUGAUUCGAAUGUUCGGUACGCCGCAGAUAUUUGGCUUUCGCACUGGAAGUAGCAUGAGCUGCUGGAUAAACUGAUCAUUCUGGGGUUUGGAGUAGCCGACAGAUAUUCUACUGGAAGAAUUGUGAUUUUGUGUGGAAAAAUCGAAAAUGUUUCGUGAAAUUUUAGCUGUUGGUGCGAUUUUCGUGAACCUUGUGGUUGCUGGCCGAAUAGUAAACUAUACUUGUUCGAUAAAUUCCGAUGGAUAUUGCAUUUUCCAAGGCGUAAGAAUCAACAGUGUAGAAGAAGCAAGUGAUGUGGAGUUGCUGGCACCAAGCUACGAUAUCACCAGAAUCAAGUUCCGAGAAUCGGCGAUGUUUGUGUUACCGGAGGGAAUUUACGAAACUUUCCCAAACAUGCUGGAACUGAAGGUCUGGUGGCAAAGUUUGCACAGUAUUUACAUUCCACCUAAUCUACUUCAUUUGGAUGCGGAGAGGAAUCGCAUUCAAAGAAUCAGCUUCGAUACGAACACGGUGCCAAUGCUGAAAAAACUAGAACUUGGCCAUAAUAGGCUCAAAGCAAUCGAAAAUAUCUCCUACUUUGAAAAUCUCGAAUUUCUGGAUCUCUCUCAUAAUGAUCUGCGAUCGAUCGAUCUGUGUCUAUUCCAGCGAAUGAAACAUCUCCGUACUCUAGAUUUAUCGGUCAACAAUAUGGCCAUAGUGAAAAACUCCAUGGAACAUAAACUCGAAUCCCUAACAGUAUUAUAUCUGAAUGACAAUCGGCUCUCAUAUUUGGACAUCAAUGUUCUGCGCCAAUUUCCGAACUUGGAAAUACUGCAUCUAUUCAAAAACGGGUUGAUGUACAUGGAGUAUGAAAAUAUGCGUUCAAUGUUCCCGAAAAUUGACAUUGUUCACAUCUACGACAACGAUUGGAACUGCGAAAAUCUAGCGGAGAUGAUCAUGUACUUCAAGAAAAUCAAUAUCCGCGAAUACAAGUUGUUCAGUUCCAUGAAAUGCAAGGAACGAGUGAUAGAUGGUAUCUGCUGUUCAGAGGGCAAAGCUCUCACAAUCCUGAAAAAGUCAAACCUUUACUUCUCAAAUUAUGUCAACGAAUUGAACCUGCAUUCCCAGCAUAUCAUGCAAGAGAUGAAACAAUCCAAACGUGAAAUCCAGAAACUCAUAGAGCAUGAAAACAUGACUCAGGCCUCGUUGCAGGCCUUCAGUGCAGACAUGGAUGCAAUCCGGAAUCGCAUAGAGAACAUCACUAUGCUUGCGGCAGACAGUAGUUCAACGAUACCACGGUUCAAAAAACACGAAAAAGUCGAUAAACUAGUACAGGAGAUCUACAAAAUAAAACAGGACCACCAGAGCCUAACACGAGAAAACCAAGAAUUCAAACAGCAGAUCGAGAGGUACGAAGCCAUGAAAACCGAAAUGGAGUCCAUCCGAGCGUAUUCGGAAGAAAUGAGGAACACCAUACAGGAACUCAAAGAGGAAAACAAUCAUCUGAAGGUUGAUCUGUAUCAGCUGCUGAAUGAAUUUCACGAAUUGAGGGCCAGCAAGAAUCCAGAAAAGGGGGUAUGACGAAGGGAGCGCUGCUUCCAAAAUAAUUGGAGCACAUGUUAGUAGAGCAUUGGGACUGAUUCGAAUGAUUUUAGCACGCGGGUAGUUGAAUGAUGCUUCAUUCAGCUUUCGUGCCGUAUCAUAGUAGUUUAUAUAGUGCAACGUAACUUAGUGAAUAAUUUGCUGGACAAACUAGAUUUAAGACUAGAUAAACUCAGAGUUGAUUUCUGUUUCGGUUAUCUAGAUCAAUCAGACUGAUACUCAGAGAAAACUCCUCCCCCGUCUGUGACGAAGAGAGGAUGCCAAACGGUGAGAUAGGUUCGUAGCAAACUGGCAGUGACUUUGCAGGAAAUUUGAAUGGUGCUGAUAAUUUUUUUGAUAUCUGAUAAUUUCAAGUCCAGUCAUAUGAUUGACAGGGAAGAAUGUGGAAUUACCCGGGCACGGGGCCAGUAUGUGUAUUGUUCCCGUCGGUGACAUGAGCCUCGUGAGUGAAAACUCAGUGAAAGAAGAGAGUAACAAUGACUCAAUGCGUAUGGGUUUGAGAGUGACCGACCGUAUCAGCUAGAUGAAAGUCCAAAGAGUACAACAUAGCACCCAGUGUUCGAUUUACAUGAAACUAAUAGUAUACAUGAAUAAAUAAAAUGUAAACAAAACCCAUCGAAGUGAUGUUUUAUUUCCACUUAAUCACAAUGCCGACACCACUUACUUUCACCACAGUGUGUAUUUGAGCUAUGGGCGUUGUAUUUAAUACUCACGUGCAUAUCGCAUGAUGCGCUGAUAACAGCAAGAUGAGAAUUAAUUAUGGAAGUGAGAGCUUAACUUGAAUUUUGUUGAGGGACGUUAUAAAUAAUUUUGAAGGUUUAUUGACUUUGUUUCUGGUGCUCACGUCAGACAUGUUGAAGAUUGAUGAAUUUUUAAAGGCACAUUGCAAUUUCAAAUGUAGGUAUGAGUAGCAGAAGGC